UUCCCUUACGUCCGUCAUGAGAAAGGUUCGGAAUCCACCUACAGCGAGGUGAACGUCUGUUUGCGCCGACCAAGUCGCAAGAUUCUCCGCAUGUAGGACAUGUGCUAUCUGCACAUUGAACGAGUCAUUCCUCAAAAAUCUUCCUGAAUACCUCGACCAUGGCUUCGGGCAUUGCUGGUCAAGCAGCAGCCGCUCUAGAGUCUCUCACACGUUCUCAGAUCGAUUUCAUACAACGUUUACCCAAAGCCGAACUCCAUGCUCAUCUAAACGGCUCUAUUCCCGUUCCAGCACUUUUAGAGCUGUUCAAGGAAUACGAGUCAUCUUUCGACAUAGAAAAUACCAAUCACAAACUAUCUCCAACGGAAAUCCUCGCUGGAAUCAAUCAGCUCCAGAACCUCGACCUGUCCAGCCUUCAUGGCUUUUUUGGUCCGUUUGCUGCCGUUUAUGCGCUGACGGCCACGAGAGAAGCUACUGUCAAGAUUACUCGUGCUGUUCUUUCGCAGUUUUUGGACGGAGAUCUUCCUCAAUGCAGUUAUCUGGAGCUUCGCACCACACCCAGGGAAUCGGAAAGUAUGACACGGUUGGAAUAUGUUUGCGCGGUCCUAGAAGAGGUAGAACGGUAUCCGAAGGAAAAGGCUGGGUUGAUUUUGAGCUUGGAUAGACGGAUGAAGCCAGAAGUGAUUCAACAGUGUGUAGAGUUGGCGAAAAGUUUGAGGGAAGAAGGUCGGCGAGUGGUGGGGAUAGACUUGUGUGGGGAUCCAUUGGCUGGUGAUAUGUCUAAGUUAGGACCUUAUAUUUCUUUGGCCAAGAGCGCCGGUCUGGGCGUUACUCUACAUAUCGCAGAGACGAAAGACAAUCCACCAGAAGAAUCACUCAAACUUCUCGCCUAUAAACCGGAUCGACUAGGGCAUGCAACAUUCCUCGACGACGAAGCGCUAGAAAUAGUCCUCAAAGAGAAGAUCUGUGUAGAAUUAUGCCUUACCUCCAAUCUGCUAUGUAAAACUGUGGAUAGUCUAGAAGCCCAUCAUAUUCGUUUCUACCUGAAACACGACCAUCCUAUUGCAGUUUGCACUGACGAUGUGUUACCCUUCCGCAAUUCCCUGUUGGCCGAAUACGCGCUUCUUAUGGCCCAAGCACCUCUCGGUCUUGGACUGUCUGAGGGCGAAGUGGCUAGAAUUGCCGAAAUGAGCAUGCAGUCCUCAUUUUCUCGACGGUGAGACUGAGGAGUCCAUUGCGACAGAGCAUCCUUAAAUGUAGAAUUAUCGUAGGGCACAGCGAAUUGUUGUUAGAGUUCUAUAGAAUGUGUAAACCCUAAAAGGUGUAGGAUAUGCUAUUCCUUACAGGAGUCGCGACGCGACAAAAUAGGGCUGUUCAAUUCUAAAUUUUCAAACGUU